UUAGUGACUAGGAGCGGAGCGCCCCUUUCUUGUUCUUGGUGGCGUCUAUAGCGAAGAAGACCUUCCCGAACGAGGGCCGUCCAGUCCCUGGGCGGCUCUCGGUUCUUGAGCAAGCUCCUCCACUGCGGGUAGGAUGCUCAUAGAUGAAGAAAAGAGACUUUAGGCAAGUGGUUCUGGUAGCUCAGCUGGUUAGAGCAAAGGACUUAAAAUCCUUUUUUGCUUGUUUCAGUGGGAAGAGCAAGGGGCAUUGCCCUUGAAAUCCUUCAGUGGUUCGAAUCCACAUCUGAGCGUCUUUUUUUUUCGGUAUGCCGCUCCGCGAGCAAGGAGCGCCGCGAGGAGAGCGAGAGAACGAAGUGGGCUUUGGUGAUGUCGGAAUUUGCACCUAUUUGUAUCUAUUUAGUGAUCAGUCCGCUAGUUUCUUUGAUUCCACUCGGUGUUCCUUUUCCAUUUGCUUCCAAUAGUUCGACCUAUCCAGAAAAAUUGUCGGCCUACGAAUGUGGUUCCGAUCCCUCCGGUGAUGCCAGAAGUCGUUUCGAUAUACGAUUUUAUCCGGUUCCUAUUUUAUUUAUUAUCCCUGACCCGGAAGUCACCUUUUCUUUUCCUUGGGCAGUACCUCCUAACAAGAUUGAUCUGUUUGGAUCUUGGUCCAUGAUGGCCUUUUUAUUGAUUUUGACGAUUGGAUCUCUCUAUGAAUGGAAAAGGGGUGCUUCGGAUCGGGAGUAACCACUAGUGAAAGGGCUAAGGGGGGAAGGACAUAGGAAAGAGGGAUGCCUACAAAAAAUCAAUUGAUUCGUCAUGGUAGAGAAGAAAAACGGCGCACGGACCGUACUCGAGCUUCGGAUCAAUGUCCCCAGAAGCAAGGAGUAUGCCUGCGUGUUUCGACGAGAACACCGAAAAAACCUAAUUCAGCUCUACGUAAGAUAGCAAAAGUACGGUUGAGCAAUCGACAUGAUAUAUUUGCUCACAUUCCAGGCGAAGGUCAUAAUUCGCAGGAACAUUCUAUAGUCUUAGUCAGAGGGGGUAGAGUGAAAGAUUCGCCAGGUGUGAAAUCCCAUCGUAUUCGAGGAGUAAAGGAUUUGCUGGGAAUUCCGGAUCGUAGAAAGGGAAGAUCUAAAUAUGGCGCAGAAAGACCAAAAUCUAAAUGAAUGGAAGAUGCCUCU